ACAGAUCAAGGGCUAAUAAGAAGCAAUAUUACAUGAAACACUCCCACUUCCACUGGUGAACAGUGACGGAUAAACUGUAAGCUGCUCCCUGGAGGAAACUCAGGAAUAUCCACCACUACAGCCACAGGAUAAAGCAGGCAGCCUGAAUAAGACAUCAUGACAGAUAAAGAGGAUCCCAACAAAGGGAAGAAGAAGAAAGGAACGAGCAAAGAGGUGUGUGGCUACCCGGUCAGCAUCUUCUUCAUUGUCGUCAAUGAGUUCUGCGAGAGGUUCUCAUACUAUGGAAUGCGAGCGGUGCUUGUGCUGUACUUCAAGUACUUCUUGCGCUGGGACGAUGACAUGGCCACCUCCAUCUACCACACCUUUGUGGCUCUCUGCUAUCUGACCCCGAUCCUGGGGGCCAUCGUUGCUGACUCCUGGCUGGGAAAGUUUAAAACUAUCAUCUACUUGUCCGUUGUCUAUGCAAUUGGCCAGAUUACAAUGGCUGUGAGUGCAAUCCAUGACAUCACUGACUCAGACAGAGAUGGGACACCAAACAACAUGACCUUUCAUGUCGUGUUGUCUAUGGUGGGUCUCUUCCUCAUCGCUCUGGGCACAGGUGGCAUCAAACCUUGCGUGGCUGCAUUUGGUGGAGACCAGUUUGAAGAUCACCAGGAAAGACAAAGGAGAACGUUCUUCUCUGUAUUCUACCUGUGCAUCAACGGUGGGAGUCUCCUGUCAACCAUUAUCACUCCAAUCCUCAGAGCUCAGAACUGUGGCAUCUACAGUCAGCAGAAGUGUUAUUCUCUGGCCUUCGGUGUCCCUGCAGCACUAAUGUUGGUUGCUCUUGUGGUGUUUAUCGUUGGAAGUGGUAUGUACUACAAAGCUGAACCACAGGGCAACAUCAUGAUGGAUGUUUGUAAAUGCAUUGGGUUUGCCGUUAAAAACCGCUACAGGCACAGAAGCAAGCAAUACCCAAAGAAGCAGCACUGGAUGGACUGGGCUGAAGAUAAAUAUGAUAAACUCCUCAUUGCUCAAAUCAAAAUGGUGCUGAAGGUCCUCUUUCUAUACAUUCCACUGCCAAUGUUCUGGACCCUAUUUGACCAAAAGGGUUCUAGAUGGACUCUGCAAGCCACCAACAUGGAUGGAAACUUUGGGCUACUUGUUAUACAGCCAGAUCAGAUGCAGACUGUCAACCCCAUCCUGAUCCUGACGCUGGUGCCCAUCAUGGACAGUCUAAUCUACCCUCUGAUCGGAAAAUGUGGCCUGAACUUUACACCUUUGAGAAGAAUGACAGUGGGGAUGCUUUUGGCAGCUAUAGCUUUUAUUUGCGCUGCUCUGGUUCAGAUUGAAAUUGACAAAACAUUGCCCACCUUCCCAACAAGCUCCCAGAGUCAGCUGAAGUUACUAAACAUGGGCAGUAAUCCAGUCACGGUUAAGUUGCCUGGCUAUGAUGCCCUGAGUCUUCCUGCAGCUCAGGCCAGUGAGGAAUACUUCACAUUUGAAGCAGGAAAUAUAAGGUUUUCAAUUGAAAGACCUGAAGUGACAGAUUUUACUAUUGACUUGGCCGGGGGACGGCGACAAACAUGUUUCAUUCCCUCAACCAUCUCUGGUGAAUGGAUAUCAACUGAUGAUUUGACUUCCAAGCCACAAGAAGGCAACAACGCAAUCAGAUUUGUUAAUGGAAUGAAUACAACAGUGAAUGUAUCGACUCCUGCGGCCAACUUUGGACAGAUUGUGCCAUUUUCCUCUUCGAACUACUCCCAGAUAAAAAAUGGAAUGUUCACCUUCAAACUAUGGAGCGGUUCACAGUCGUGUGAAUACAACAGGGAAUUUGGAUAUGGAAGUUCAUACACUUUCUUCAUCCCCAACACUUUGGUCUUUGGAUCCACUUGUCAGGAGUCUAUAACUGUGGCAGAAGACAUCAAGCCCAACUCGGUUCACAUGGCCCUCCAGAUCCCACAGUACUUCUUUAUAACUGCUGGUGAAGUGAUGUUUUCUGUUACUGGGCUGGAGUUCUCCUACUCGCAGGCACCCAGCAACAUGAAAGCAGUGCUACAAGCAGGCUGGUUGUUUACUGUUGCUAUUGGCAACUUCAUUGUACUGAUUGUGGCUGAGCUUGCAAAGAUUCCCAAACAGUGGGCAGAGUAUGUCCUCUUUGCCUCUCUCCUGUUUGCAGUGUGCGUCAUCUUCUCCAUUAUGGCCUAUUUCUACACCUACAUCGACCCUACAGAAAUUGAGGCCCAGUUCAAGAAGAGUGUUAAUGAAGAUGACGAAGACGACAAAAGCAAAAAGCUACAGAAGACAGAGGUUGAGCUGGUCAAGAGAGAUUCAAUUAACAGUCAUGGUGAAGAGGAUAAAGCCAGACAGACCAAAAUGUGAACCCGUCUAAGUUAGGUAACAUUGGGUUUAUAUCCAAAGGUUAACAUCAACUCAUCAGGGGAAAUGUACAAUAAUUGUGUGCCAGUACUGUGUGUGUGUGUGUGUGUGUGUGUGUGUGUGUGUGUGUGUUUGUGUGUGUGUGUGUGUGUGUGUGUGUAUAUGUGUGCGUGUGUGUGGUUGCUUGUGUGAAAAAAUAUUUUAUAUAUGGCAAAAUGACUAUUGUGAGAAAAAGCACACAAAGCUCUCAAAAUAACAAUUUCAUAUAAUGUAAGAUAUGUAACAAGAGAAGAUGAAUGCUAUUGUUUCCUAACAUUCCCAUAUCAUUUUUAUAUUUAUGCGUAAGUUAUGUUCAAGUAAACAAUAAAAAAAAUAAUUCUU